CUCGUCGGCGGGCCCAGACAGCUUGCGCGUCUCCGAUGUCCGGCCUUUCGAUGUCGGCUCACACGAAAACAAGAGAGAAAAAAAAAAAAUGAAAAUCCUCUUCAUCUAAGCUCAUUUGUUCUUCUUCAUAAUUAAACCCCCCUCCCCUCGUUCCGUGUGUGAGGCACAAAAGUCCAACUGGCCUUCUUUUGUUAGGUCGACAACUGUAACAGAGUGGGCGGUACCAAAGUGUCUUGUUUCUCGCUGCUUUAAUGAUCCAGCGUGUUGUUGUCCCCCCACCCCUCCCUUCUACCAGCAAAGCUCUUUUUUGCCAGUGGUGCUUCCCAUGUAUGUAUAUGCACCGUAACUACCUACCUUUAACGUGACAUGACGUGACGAAGAAAGUCUUGGGUUAGGCGAUCGAAUAUGAAAGAAAGAGGACCCUUUUUUUUUUUCCCCGAGAAUGUGCCAUCCCUUUGUCACAGAUGUGAAUAAGUGAACAAUUCGAGGAAUGAUUUAGCGAUUCGCGAUGCUAUUUGGAUGUUUAAAUUAGUUUGUUGUUUGUUUUUUCGUUUGUCGGGAAAAUAUGGAGACGAGAAUAGCAAAAUGGAUAUUAAUUAAUGUUCAUUUGAGAAGUGGGCCCUUUCCCGAGUUUUUUUUUAGUUGAAAAAGUAGUCACGUGCUUGUGCUUCCAUCUAUGAGUAUUACGUAAAAUGUUCAAUUUUGCGCGCACUUCUGGGUAGAGGCUUCGCACCCCGUAGACUACAUUGUUUGGGGAUUUGAAAAUUUCGUUCAGUGCAUAUCAUUCGUUCAUUAAGUUUUCAUUUCGUAAUUUGUGGAUCCUUAUUUCCUCUCUCAUUUUUUUUUUAGGGUUGACAUCAGUGCGACUGUCGUGCCAAUCUCUUUAAACAAUAACAGUUCUUCCAAUUUUAGUGGAGCAUAUCCGAAAAUGCCUGCCAACAAAAAUGGAUAUGUUUCGUCCUGCUCCAAUAGGUCUGAAACGGUUGGCUCUGAUAGGAAAAAGGUUGUAAACGAUUCCGUCAGCCCACCUCAAAAUAAAACACCCAACAAAUCAGGGUUGACCCCCAUUCGGCCUACUAAAUCACCUGGAACUGGCAUGAAACUUAAAUCUGGCCUGACACCUGUUCGUCCAGGGGUUUCGCAGGGGCCAGCCAAGAGCCCAUUCUCUCAAAAGCCAAAGCUCAAAUCUGGACUCCAGCCUAUUAAGCCAAAUGUGCAAACCCAGCAAGUGGAUGAAUUUAAUUGUUCCACGUUUAUUGCCAGAAGAAAGUCGGGCUUAAAGCCAAUUAAACCUGGAGGCACACUGCCAUAUUAUCCAUCACAAGCCAAGAAUGAUACAUCUGCACUAGAAACAAAACCAUUUACCUUUGCUGCCCCAAAACACAUUCCGAAAGGAGAAAAAAGCUCUGAUGCAGUCUUGCACGGUCUUUCACGAAGAAAAUCUGGAUUGGCACCGUUAAAACAGACUGGUUUCGGAGCGGCACCUGACCGCCAAUCUAGUUGGAAGCCGCGAUCAUCCAUGUCUCACAGUAGUAGCGUGCAAGGCUUAGUGCACAGUGCCAGGAAGACCUGUAAACCUGUUGAAUCAACUCCUUCUCUGAAUGUCAUCAAUGAAGAUUCUGAGAGCAAUGUGUCUGGAAUCUGUCAACUAGACGACUCUGCGGAUAUGUCAGUUGUUUUGCGGCCUCGAACAGGAAAAAGGUUGUCAUCUAGAAUCCCGCUGCCAAGGGCUACGCUCGACAAUGCUCAUUAUAGUUCAUCAGAACUCACGAAAACACGUAUUCCUAAGCGUGUUUUGUACUUUCCGGAUGAUGACGACAAAGAGUGGACUCAUAGCAAUAUCUUGAAAGAUGGGAGCUCGAAAGCGAAUAUAGUUGAUCGACCCUCGACUAUUAAUAAUGAUUUGGGCUCGGAAAAUUUGCAUUCGCUCAGUAAUAAGCAAGCCGAUGACAUUGAUAGAGAAGAAAAAAGCCUCUUACACCGCAAGAAAGAAAUUGAAAACGCUAUUCACAACAUGUCUUCUGAGUUGAAAGAAAUUGACGAACAACUUCGGAUAUUGCAAGAUAAAAGAAAACAUCAGUCAACUCAUGCAUUCGAAAACAACAAACAGUGUGAAGACGAAGCUGACAGUCCCUUUGCUCAUGUGGAAGAGGAUUCUGUUGCCACAAAUUCUACUUCUAAUGAGGAUCUUGCACAGCUUCCUGCAGCAGAAGAAUUUGUUAGUGGUGCCAAAAAAUUACUGGAAACAAAGAAUCCCAUCAGAGAUUUGGAUGAAGCAGCGCUUGAACUAGGAAUGUCUGGUUCAUAUUCAGAGAUACUUUCUCCAUCACACUUCAAAACUGAAGUAGUGCCAGUAGAUGAUGCAAAACCCUCAAUUCAAAAUUUGGCUGUAGAAGGUACUGUUGUCAAAGAAGGUGAUAUGAUACACUUCAUUGCAAAAAACCUUGAGAGCAAAAUUCGACUGUCAAGUCCUGACAUAUCAGAAGCAAGUCAAAUUGUAUCACAGUCUGAACUGGCAAAGCAUGGCCUGCCAAUAGCUACACCUGAGUCAACUUUUUUAGCACAGUUGGAAAGGGAUGCCAGAAGUAUUGCUGCAAGUGUAGAUGGGCUGACAGAACAUUUGGCAGUUUCAUUACACACAAUUUCGGCAGUAACUGCACAGUCACUAACUGUUUACAAAGAUUCUGUGUGUAAAACUUGUGAUGCCAUGGACAGUAACAUAAAGUCAAUGUAUCAACUAAUGGCAAAGUGUGAAGAAUUAAGCAAAGCCAUGACACCCAUCUACAAGCUUGCUGAUCAAGUGAAAGAAAUAAAAAAGCUGCUAGAUAUAAUGGAGAAUCUCUCUUAGUUUUGACUAAAACAUUGUGGUCGUUGUUCCAUUUGCGUGUGAAUUUGACACUUAAUUGUUGUAAAUAUCUAUCGAAUUCUCGCACCGUGUUCACGCCAUUGCGAAAAUCGUGAUUCCUUGUUUUCUGUAAACGCCAACAUGCACGACGUAAAAAAAAAAUUCUGCCACGACGUAAUCCCUGUCUAAGUCUAAUGCAAUUUUAAAGAGAUCCCGUGCUUUGUUGAUCGUUAAGGUCUUAAAAUUCUUAGCUCAUACCCGAAUUCUUCUCUGAAUGAACUACCCGAUAAUUAUAAAUACAAGUA